AUGUCGUCCCUCGAGGCAAAGAUCGUCGUCCUCGGCUCCCAGAAUGUCGGCAAGACGAGCCUCGUCAUGCGGUACUGCAAGGGCUCCUUCAACCCGGCACAGACGACGUCCACCGUCGGCGCGAGCUUCAUGACCAAGCGCGUCGUCGACACCGAUACCGACACCAUGGUGCGCCUGCAGAUCUGGGAUACGGCCGGCCAGGAACGCUUCCGCUCCAUAUCGCGCCUCUACUACCGGGGCGCCAACGCCUGCAUCCUCUGCUACUCCAUCACGGACGCCCAGUCCUUCACCGAGAUGGGCAUCUGGCUGACCGAGCUGCGCCGCAACCUCCCCGGCGACGUCGUUCUGCACGUCGUCGGCACAAAGGCAGACAUUGUCGCCCGCGACCCCUCCCGCCGCGAGGUGCCCUUCGAGCGCUGUAUAGCCUACGUCGCCGAGAACCUCGCCCCGGGCCUGGCAUCCACGCCGCCGCCCACGGCCACACCGACAGGCAUGCCCUCGCAUCUGUCGUCCUCCGACCCGCGGACGUCCUCGUCGCAGGUGCACAGCCAGUUUGGCAGCGGCGGCGGCGGCGGCGAGCCGCGGAGCCCUUCGUCGAAGCGCAGCUCGGGCUUCUGGGGCCAGGAGGUCGGGUGGGACGCGUGCCACGAGAUCAGCGCCGAGAGCGGCGAGGGCGUGGAGGAGGUGUUCCGCGUGGUGACGCGCAAGCUCGUCGAGCAGAACCGCAAGAUGCAGCAGGCGCUGCUCAUGGCGACGGCCACCCCCGGCACUCCGGGCUAUGAGUCCGGCAUGGACGGCGGCUACUUUGACGGCAUGAACCCGCGCGGCAGCUUCCGCGUGGGACGGGACCGGCGCAGUUGGCUCUUUUCGCCCGGCUUCUCGCCCGCCGUCACCGUCGAGCAGGGAGGCACGGAGCAGAAUACCGAUGAUGGCGCCGCCAAGGCGCGGAGGAAGUGUUGUUGA